CUUUGCUGCGCUUCCCCGCGUCGUGCCCCGCCAUCGAUCCAUCUACCGGUAAAUAGUCAACCUGCAUCUCGAUCUCGACUCUCCCAUGACUUCUCGCGACGUCACGAGUAAGCUGCGGCAGCGUGUUUGGAAUGGGAGCAUACCGUUGGAGAUACGACUGGACAAAGGCGACUGCAGGACUUAUGAUGCGUCGGAUCCUUAUCUGAUACAAUUCCCUCGAAUAUCAUAUCUAGGCUUGCUGAUCCACAAACUCCAUGCAUUCUUUUCAAACACCUUGAUCUAUCCCGACGUCCUGCCUUCCGACGCCUGGUUAUCAUACGAAGGUGUACCGUUGAAAUGGCAUUAUCCCCUCGGUCUGCUGUAUGACCUGUACUCUGGCGCCGAGCCAGCAUAUCCAUCGUCCACCUUCAACCACAUGGAUCCCUCACCCCUCCCAUGGCGCCUUACACUCCACUUCUCCGCAUAUCCGACUGACCAGCUCGUCAAGCUCGACGACCAAGACAAACACAUGCAUGAUCUCUUCAUCCACAGCGUGAAAGAAGCGGAUUACUUGCGCACUGGCACGGGAAAGACGGUCAUGUUUCUGAGUAAAGAGGAUUCGACGCAGCUUUGGGAUGGCGUCAAAUCGCAUGAUUUCCAGCUAUAUAACCCCAUCAACCAAAAGCUCCUCAACCCGCAAGGCGCCGCCCUACGACAUAUACCAGUCCGGUUGUAUCUUCCACAUGCAGCGAGCGACAACGAGCAAAGCCCAGGGAGUCUGAGGGUCGUGCAAGGUCUAGUGAAGGCGGAAAUGGGAUCUCGUCAACCGCAGACUAUUGGCACGGCAUUGAAUCAAAUCCUCCCAUCUCUUUUCCCAAGUAGACGUAGUGCGCUACUCGCCCAGGCCGUGUUGCAUGGUGCUGUCUUACCGUUAAGUGCUGGGGUGGAGGAUCUGGUCAGAGCCGCGGCAUAUUUGGACGGGUGGCUGCAUGUUGCUGUGGUGAUGAUGGGAUAGCGAGGGUUUGCUUGGACUGGACCUCUUUAAGUGUGGGUGCCUUCCAACUCCAACCUAGUAUCAGUAUCCUUGUUUACAACAGUAUAUACAUGGUUGUCGGAUAAUUCUUGCAAGGCAGGUUCACGCAGUGCGCCUGGCAAGGGCACGACACAAGCAUAUUCGCGAUCGGCUCCGUAUCACGUUUGGCAGAGCAAUCUACUUAGCUCGUUAGGAUGGGUGGC